AGUGAAGGGCAGAACACUCCUGGCACCACUGCCCUGGCUUUUAUCUCCCCCCUCUGCUGCUUUUGUUAUUCCCUUCUCCGUGCACAGGACAUGGGCUUUAGCUGAGCUGUGUGUUGUGGAAGGACAUCCAGCUGGUGGUGUAAAAUGUAUUUGAGCAUGCACUGAAGUCCAUCCCUCGACCUUGAGCCCAUCUGUGUGUUGCAUCCCUUCCCUGACGGCCUGAGGUCAUGGACCAGGUGAGCUCUUAUGUUUUUCACCCUUAUGUUGCCAGUCUGAUCCACCUGGACCACUUCAGUCUGAGCAGCCUGACUUGCCUGUUGGUUGUUUUGGUGUUCCUCAGUGGCCCCAGCUCUUGGUUGUGUAGGCAUCUAGCAUGGGUGAGUUCUGAGUUCACCAUGAGCCAGCAGUGUGAGCAAGUGCUCUCCUGGGAUAUUGUUUGGUUUAAGGCUUAGCUUAGUUUUUAUUUGAGAGUAACCUCAACCCACCACAGGUGUGUUAGGAGUGUGACCAGCGGGUCAAAGGAGGUUCUCCUCUCCCCCUGCUAUGUCCUAGAGAGACCACAUCUGGAGUAUUGUGUCCAGUUCUGGGCUCACUGGCUCAAGAGAAAAGGGGAACUGCUGGAGAGAGUCCAAUGGAGAGUUCUAAAGAACAUGAUGGAACUGUAGCAUCUUUCUUGCCAGGAAAGGCUGAAACCUAGGUCUGUUUUCACCUGGGGAAGAGAAGACUGAGAUGAGAUCUUACCAAUGCUGAUCAGUGUCUAAAGGGUGAGUGGCAAGAGAAUGGGACUGGACUCUUCAGUGGAGGCCAGUGAUAGGACAAACUACAACACAGGAGGUUUUACUUGAGCUUAAUGGAAAAUGCCUUUGCUCUGUGGGUGCCAGAGCCCUGGAGCAGGCUCCCCGGAGAGGCUGUGGAGUUUCCUCCUCUGGAGACAGUAAAAACCUGCCUGGAUGUGAUCCUGUGCAGCCUGCUCUGGGCGAACCUGUUGUAGAAGGGGCUGGAUUAGAUGAUGUACAGAGAAUCUGUGAUCUGAGCCAUGUGCUUUCACAACCAGGUUCCCAACCCGACCUUGCUGCAAUCCAGCAUCCCGAGUGGGCUCGCCUCUGUGCUGCCGCUUGCUUUGCUUCCACUGCUGUUGCCCAGGGCGUUUGCUGCCAUCCACAAGAGACAGAGCACUGGGCACCGCAUCCAGAGCCUCUGCGAAGCCACUGGAUUCCCCUUUCCCUUCAGCAGCUUGGGCUGUGGCCGCUGCGGGGUCUGGCUUCUCCCGGCCCGGCUGCGUUGCCUUCCCGGACUCGCGGUGGGUUUAAAGGGCCGAGAGCAGCCCCAGGAGCCGCUUGUGGAGAGCCGGGGGAGCGCUGGCAGGCUUUACUGCGGGGUUUGGCGGAGCUGCGGGCCCCGGGGUGGCUUCCUGCUCUUUCAGCCCAGCUCAGAGAGGGCACGGACCCGCCCCAGCACCGGCAGCGCCCAGGAGCACCGGAGGGCUCGGCGGAGGGGCGGAGCAGCCGCGUAACCUGCGCGGCCCCGGGCCGCUGCCAGCACGGCAGAGCCUUUGCCAACACCUUCGGUUUCUUUCCGCACCGAUCGGAACUCUCCCUCCCGCGGAGGCGGAGCGGACGUUUCGCCCGUGCCUGCCCCGCUGCCGGCGCCGCGGGACUGCCGGAGCCGCGGAGCAGCGCCGGUGCGUACGGGCUGGGCCCCGCGGAGCUGCCCCGCCGCAGGAGAGGCUGUCUGGAGGGCCAGGGUGCAGCGCUGCAGUCUCCGCCGCCGGGGCUUGGCGCGUGGGGCAGAGUAGAAUGGAUCGCUAUCGGUACUUCAUCUUUAACCAGAGGACCAUGGUCGUGCUGGGGAUAUUCCAGAUAGCCCUCAGCACAGUCUGCCUCGGCAGCGGCUUCAUAGAGAUCCUUUUCAGAGCGGAGUCUCAGCUGAGCAAAACCAGAGCUCCGGUCUGGGCUGGGAUGGUGAUGGGAGUCCCAGGAGUCCUGGCUUUGUAUUCCUCUCAGAGGAAGAAUCCAGUUCUGGUGAACGUGCUGAUAGUUGCUUCCCUGAUUUCUUGUGUUGCCAUCCUCAUCAUUAUAGUUUACAGCUCCCUCACACUGAGCUAUGGUGAAGAGGAGGAGCUGAGCUCUUUCCCAGUCCACGUUAUCCAUACCAAGUUUGUGCUUCACAAAGUAGUCAAGGGUGCUAACAUAGCCAUGCUCGCCGCGUCCGUCUGCAGCACCGCUGUGGUGCUGGCGAUGGCUCACUUGGGAUGCCGGAGCCUGCCGCGCUGCUCGUGCUACGACAGCAUCACUGGCAUGGAAUGGCUGCGACCCAGCGAGGACCAAAACCAAGCUGUGGAAAUGACCUGUGCUGUCCAAAGCCCUGGGGCCAGGAUUUUUAACUUCCCAGAUCGAUUUCCAGCCCAGGACUUAGAUGCAGAGGAAGAUGGAUCGAAACCUCCACCCUAUGUCAGAAUGGCUUGAAAAAGAGGUUGAGGGUUUUAACAUGUGGCAAGACAGCUGGUCAGUUUAAUCCUCUUCUUGUUGUGUGCCCUUCCUGGAACGAGCCAAGCACUGGAGGAUGGAAGACUACAAAGGAGAAGAGGAGCAAACAGCACCCACUUUGACACCCCAGAGCAGCUUCUGUUUCCCUGGUGGGUGAGAGGAGUGACCAAGCUUUUCCGUAAGAGCAGCCAAAAACACCAGCCUCCACCUCCACCUUUCUGCUGUGGCCCCAAAGCCAUUGGGGAGCACGGAAGCUGCUUGCCCUAGCCAUGGCAGGACAUCAGCCUUGCCAGGAGAGGCAGAAGGUAGGGCUGAAGGGUGCCCUCUGAAGGGGUAGGGGCUGGAGAGAACAACUGACCAGGUUUUACUGGCCAAAAGCCACAAUAAAACUCACAACCCAACUCCAAACACUCUGGGGCAGGGUCAGCACAUAACACACAUUCUGCUACUCUGCCAUCAGCUACUUUUAGCUCAGAGCCCCCUCCAGCACUUUUAGCCCCAUGCCAAAAGGAAUUCCCUUCCAUUCAUGAUUUCAUUCCUUUUUUCCCCUUGCUGGAGGCUGAAAAUGGGGGCUUGGAAGCCACUCAGGAUCCUGCACAAUGCCAACAUUCCCAGGUUAGCCUGUGCCACACAGGGAGCGUGGGGACAAGGGAGAUGAAGGACAACUCUCUCCAGCUCUAGGACUUUGCACCCAAAGCAACAGCCUAGGUUCAAGUAGACCAUGGGAGAGGAAAAAUCAUCUUCAGCCACAGUCUCUGCUUUCUGCUGUGCACUUCAGAUGCCCAGCAUGGGAGGUGUUUAAAGCCAGGCUGGAUGAGGCUGGGGGCAGCCUGAUCUAGGAUAGGGUGUUGGAACUACAUGAUCCUUGUGGUCCCUUCCAGUCCUGACUGAUUCUAAGAUCACAUUUUCAGAAGUAAAUAGCUAAAAGUAGUCACUAAGAGGGACUUUAACAUAUUGCCUCACCACAGAGCCCUUUUUUUCUGCCCCUGUCCUUUACAAAGAGGAGAAUGCAUAGAGUGGAAAAUAAAAUAAUAAGGAAGUCCUGAGGUAAGCUCAGGGUCUUAUGACUGUCACUUCCCAUAUGUUCACAUGCUCAUACUGGUCUCUUCCCUUUUCUUUACCACCUCUGUGCUUGUGGCUGGAAAAUAAAGGCUCCCUGGUGUUGUGCUUCUGGCAUUGUGAUUUGGGGUGCUGAUGGCCACAGCUAUGCAGCACACCUCUGUUUUUCAGGGGGUUGGCUUCAGCUGAUAAAGUCUGGGUGUAGGCUGCUAGAAAGACACUGCUUGUCCCUUGUUUAGAUUGCAUAGAAUGGUUUAGGUUGGAAAGGACCUCAAAGAUCAUCCAGUUCCAGCCCUCUGCCAUAGGCAGGGACACCUCCCAAUAGAACAGGUUGCUCAAGGCCUCAUCCAACCUGGCCUUGAACACCUGCAGGGAGGUUGUGGAGCACAGAAUCACCCAAGGUGAUCAAAGAUCAAGCAGGCAGGAAUGGAAACCAUGCAGCCCCUGGCCUUCAUUUGUUUGGAGGGGUGUGUUCAAGAUGGUCUAUUUAUACCAAAGCACAUCUUAGCAUCAUUAAUUUGGGAGAAGAGAGAACAGGCUUCUGUGUUUUAAAUACUUGAUGCUCACAACACCAGCAUCACAGAAUUUCUUAUGAUUGGAAGAGACCUUCAAGGUCACUGAGUCAAAUCAUUAGUUUCACACUGACAAGUCCUUGACUAAACCAAAUCUCUCAGCACAACAUCUAAUCAUUAUGAAGUGCUAUGGCUGGAAAGGACCACCAGGAUCAUCCAGUCCAACCUUCCUCCCAGCAUCCUUCCUCACCAGACCAUAGCCUCAAGCACCACAUCCACUCUCCUUUAAAACAUCUCCAGGGGUGGUGACUCCACCACCUCCCUUCUGCUACUCAAAAAUCCCCAACAAAAGGAGGGGGAGAAAAUGCAGCAGGUUUGUUCAAUGCCAUCUGCCUGCCUGCUGAGGGCAGGUGAAGCUGCUCACGCUGAGGUGCACUGCUCAGCCUGCUUACUCUCGGGCUCUAGCUGAUGGUUUUGCUCCUAGCUGCCCUUCUG